UCAUCAGCUGUUGUGCCAUCAAGCGGCAAAGACAGCAUCCUUCCGUGCUACAACGAUGUUGCUUUUCUUACUCCUCGCCGGAGUCGCCGCGGUGACGUUAUUGGUGGUUUUAUUUACACCUCACAUACGAAGAUAUGCGGCGGGAGGAGUGUGCAUGUCGUCGACUCGUCUGGACGGGAAGACGGUCCUCAUCACUGGGGCCAACACUGGCAUCGGGAAGGAGACCGCCCUGGACCUGGCCACUCGAGGAGCUCGGGUGGUGAUGGCGUGCCGGAACGUGGACAAAGGCGAGGAGGCGGCGGCCAGCAUCCGGGCAGCGUACGCCCAAGCACAGGUGGAGGUUCGGGAGCUGGACUUGGCCGACACGUGCUCCAUACGAUCCUUCGCGCAUCAUUUCCUUAGAGACUUCACCCAUCUUCACGUCCUGAUCAACAAUGCGGGAGUGAUGAUGUGCCCCUACACCAAAACUAACGACGGCUUCGAGGUGCACAUCGGGGUCAAUCACUUAGGUCACUUCCUGUUGACGUCAAUGCUGGCGGACCUGCUGAAGCGCAGCGCUCCGGCGCGCAUCGUGGUGGUCUCGUCGCUGGCGCACAACUUCGGCUGGAUUCGCUUCCACGACCUGCACAGCCAGGGAAGUUACAACAGCGGACUGGCGUACUGCCAGAGCAAGCUGGCCAACGUGCUCUUUGCUCGAGAGCUGGCGAGGCGCCUCAAAGGCAGCAACGUGACAGUGAACUCGGUACACCCCGGCACGGUGAACUCGGACCUGACGCGUCACUCCACCCUGAUGAUGAUCUUCUUCAGCGUGUUUUCGGUCUUCCUGAAGACGCCCCGCGAGGGCGCCCAGACCACCGUCUACUGCGCCGUGGCUGAGGAGCUGCACUCCAUCUCGGGGAAACACUUCAGCGACUGCACCCCCGCCUUUGUGGCCCCCCAGGGGAGGAGUGACGAAGCCGCCCGGCGUCUGUGGGACACCAGCUGCGAGCUCCUCGGCAUCCAGUGGGACUAAUUGAAGACUUUUAUCCAUCAUAUCAUUGAUAUAGUGCAGAAUUUUUCAAGCAAAAAAAAAAAAAAAAAAAAAAAAAAAAAACACCACCACCACAUUUUAGUGAGACAAUGUGAAGGCAGGGCAGCCGGAUGUAUUGCCAAACUGUGAGCGGUCCAAGCAGGGUAAAACGACCAGCACCUUUUAGCCAAUUUAUCUGAUAUUUCGUCUUGUUUUUAAGCGCAUUCGCAGCUAAAUCUGCUUCACGUGUGUGCCAAAAUCUCACAGGGCUUUUGUCCUGAAGGUGGAUCCAAACAAUUAGUAAGCUAAGUGUUACUUAAUGAUAAUGACAGAAAACAAUACAUAGAGUAGGCGUUGGACAAAAUAUCUUCCUUGUGUGCUUUCACGCUAGGAUGCCAAGAGUUUACGUGUGCUUUUAUACCAGCGAGGUUCGUUUGCCUUUUUAACCACAACUAACGUUCACGUGCAGAGUUGAAUGUUUACAUUUCAUGUAAAUAAACUGUUAGCAUUUGGACCCGGUCACUCAUUUUUAAACAUGUUUUAGUGAUAUUAAAAAAAGGAGACCAAUGAUAAAUCAUUUCAAAACAUUUUCCAACAUUAAUGUGACCUAUAACAAGUACAACUCAGUUGGAAACAUUUUAAAUUAAAGAACUGAGAUAAUGUGGUGUAAAAACCAUCAUUGACGCCCACUAUAAUUGCAUUGGAAAAAAAAAAAAAAAGGGAUUUACAUUUUUUUUUUAAAACCCCCCAAAUUCUGUUUUCCAUGAAAAGUGGGGGUUGCUCCCCCCGAAAAUAGAAAAAAAAAUGCUUUUUGAAAACAAAACCUGUGAAUAGUGCCAAAUCCAUUUUUUUUUAAUGAAA